CUCGUCCCGGCUUCGCGGGGGCUGUGGACAGCGACUACGGGACGGUGGGCGACCAAUGCUGCGCCAUGCCCGCCGUGCGCUAGGGGCCUCAUGACUGUCGUCGGCGCGGGUGGUAUUGCCAAUCUUGCCUCCCGCUGCGAGUUGUCUCACGGGGUGUUCGCGAGGCUGAGGUCAUCGUGAGCCAGCACAAGGUUUGAGUUCAACCUGAUACAGAUGUCCCUGGGAACUUCGGCGGCGCUUUGCCCCUGCCGUCUCCUCUCGGCAGUGCUCUUUCCCUGCUCAACAUCUCCUGCCAAACCUUCGUUACCAUUUCUUGGACAUUUAAGAUGUUCUUGACCUGAUUCGCCCCUCAUUGACACUCUAACACAACCACCGCAAUCCUCGCCCACAACGAACCCAGGACUAGUACGAUGACAGAUGCUGCAGACGCUGGGAUUAUCGCGGGCGGGCUGUGCUGCAUAUGCUGUACGGAGUCUUUAGAGCAAUGGUGUCUAUUCAACAACGCCUGGGGCUCCGGGUCCGGUGACGGUCACCAAGCAGGAUGCUGUACUCGCUGUUGCAAGCGCUCCUUCGAUAAAGACGAAUUUGCUGACCAACAGGAUCGCCCCCAACAGCCACGCGAGGCAGGGCUCAGGCAGGGGCAGGCUGUGCCUAACGGUCAGCCUUCCGGCCAGUCAGAGCAGCAGAAGCAAGACGGCGCAGAUAUCGUUCACAAGCAGCCUGCGGCACGAAAGAGCAUGGAGGUGCCGCGAAUAGAAGCAGCAGAACAGCCAAAGCCCGAGUAAACGGAGGGGCCUAAGCGCGUCUCGCAGUGUCUCGGCCUCAUACACGUUGUCGAAAGUUUGAGUGAACUUUUACUAGUAUAGGAUGUCGAUGAUAACAUUUUCACAACGCCCAUGAUAG